GGAAAACAUCGAUACUACAAUGGUCACAUUGGCCAGUCUGAGCCCUGCGCUGAGUUCUAAGCCACAAUACAUCUUAAAUAAUCAAAGUUAAGGGCAUGUAAAAUGUGUAAUCAGCUAAAUCGCAAGAAUCCCCGUCCCAUUUGAUAAUUCCAACAAUUUGUGGUGCGUGUGUAGUGUAAUAAAAUCCUAAUUAACUGCAACGCAAUUGCAAUGGCGACGAGAAGUCCGAAGAAAAACGAUUGCCAAUGAGCGAGUGCUAAAAAAACAAGAGAAGAAAAAACAGUAUAGUGGACCUGCAAACAGUUGCUGCCAAGUUCAAUAGAAUUAUUAAAAUAAACAAUCUAAUAAAGCCACCAAAAACACACGCUCAAUCACACAUCCGCACAGAUGAGACAUGCGAAUAGUGCAAAUGAUAAUAAUCAUAAGCAGCAGCAGCGGACGCAGCAACAAGAAACUAAAACAAUAGUAGUGAAACAACAGUUAAGCAACUGCGAGCAACAACAGUUUUUUCAGCUCGUGCGCGAUUAGUACUAAACAGCAGCAGGAGCAGCAGCAGCGGUAAGAGCAGCAACAGCAGCAGUAGCGUCUGCGGUAGCAGCGGCAUACACAUCAGCAUGGCUAGGAAACAUUGUCUCUCAUUGGAGCUGGCAUUGCUGGGGCUUUGUUUAAUAUGCCAUCAGGCGGCCAUUGAUGCCCAUGUCCUCGUUUACAGACGCACUACCUCACAGCUGAUUGAGGAGUUCAACGAUUUGCCAGCUUCAUUCGGACCCCCUAUUGUGGACAAUAAUCUUCGGGUAUUUGUGGUGCCACAUGAUUCCAAAGAUCCGUAUGGUUGUAAUAAUUUAAACAAUCCACCGCACUCCAUCUAUCCAAAAGGCGCAAAGUUUGUGGCGAUCAUCUCGCGCGGAGGUAACUGCACAUUUGAACGAAAGGUUCGCGUAGCUCAGGAGGCAACGUAUUCCGCUGUAAUUAUCUACAACAAUGAAGGCGAUGAACUGGAACAAAUGACCGCCAACAACAAAUCAGGCAUAAAUAUACCCUCCGUUUUUGUGGGCAUCACGACCGGCAAAACAUUAUUGUCUUUCUUUACACCAGAAGUGGUGCUGAUUAUCAACGAUGAGCUGCCCUUUAAUAUCAACACACAACUGAUAUUGCCGUUUUCCAUACUGAUUGCAUUAUGUUUUCUUAUUUUGAUUGUCUACAUGAUAUAUAAAUGCAUACGGGAGCAGCGCCGUUUGCGUCAACAUAGGCUACCCAAGAGCACGCUUAAAAAGAUACCAGUGCUGCGAUAUACAAAGAAUAAUACCACCAUUAAGUACGAGACCUGCGUUAUUUGUCUCGAAGACUUUGUUGAGGACGACAAGCUACGCGUGCUGCCCUGCUCGCAUCCUUAUCACAGCCACUGUAUUGAUCCUUGGCUAACUGAGAACCGUCGCGUCUGCCCAAUAUGUAAACGGAAGGUUUUUACGAAGGGAGAAACACGUGCGAGUCGGAAUCGACAGCCUUUCUUAGAUAGUGUCACCGACACUGAUGACGAUACCACACCGUUGUUGCAGCAGCAACCGCAGUCAGUAUCUGCUGCAGGCUCGGCUGCCGGUGGCAGUAACAGCGCCAGCAUCAAUUCUGCAUCAUUGGCAGAAGGCACCACAAGACAUGGGACAUUUAGACGUGGCGAUGCAGCACGCACUCUCAACACAGCAGAGGAGAAUCAAAGCUCUGACGAUGAGAAUGCGCUACUGGAUUCCACAGUGCCUCAGACUAGUGCACCGUCAUCUUUUCAACGACGCGUCAAUCCUUUCGAUCGGGCAAUAAAUUUGCCAGCACAUUUGGCAAAUCAGCUGAAUCAGCCAAGGCCCUCACUUUGGUCGCGCUUUAACUUUAGCUCCCUAUUUCGCCGUGAGUCCACAGGUAUUAGUGUUGCAGCGCCGCCUUAUCUCGAUCAUGUUGAGGCCGGUACAAGUGAGGCAGCUAUUCGGGGUACAACAGAGGCAUCCCAAAUUACCGUUAUCUCCAAUCCUACAUCGAACAACAUACUGAAUCCGAAUUUAAGCGGCUCUUUCAAGGAUGAUGACGAUAUGCCACCGCAUCGUUCAAUUUACGAACCUAUUGCAAUCAGUGCGCCCACAACAGAGCAAGGUGUCUCUACUGGUGCGGACGCCGUUGCUGACUCGGCGUUUCUACAGACGCCCACGCAGGGCGGCAUUGGAGUUGCUGCGCUACCCCAUAGCGGCACAGAUCGCCAAUUUCUAAUAUGAAUAGAGGCGAACAAGAAAGCUGCUUUGUUUUAAACAAUUAACAAGUGUUUACCCUUAAUACACAUAUUAUGUAAUUGUAAUUGUAUUUGUAAUCAUCAUUGUCAUGAAUCAUGGAUCAUGGAUGAUUAUGGUUUGCAUCGCAGUACACAUUACACUCACACAUACACACAUAUACAACAAACAAACAUAAAUAUGCGUAUACAAAUUGUGAUUUAUUUUAUAUACCUUAUAUAUUAUUAACAUUAUUGGCUUGUAUAACUAAAGUCGAAACAAAACAAAACUAAAAUGAAGAAGAAAAUACCAUUUACCUUCGUAUAAGAUUGAAAUUGUUUACCUGAUUCUGAUUACGUAUUUAUAUUUUGUUUGUUUUUAACCACUCAACACUCCAAGAAAAAUCAAGUCAGAAAAAAACAAAAAUAAUCAAACAUGUGUAAUUAAACCUAUUAAUAGCCACUAGUUUUAAUGUGCACGUGAAAGUUGUUUUCAGGCCAGGAACUCAAAGCGUUCAUCAAUCAAAAGCAAUCGAUUCAUUGAUUUUGUAUGAUGUUACCGUAUAUUUAACUAAUUUUAAGUUUUGCUUUGUAAUAUAUAUUCAAAUUUUCCAAAUUCGAUUUUUAUAAAAAUGGCCAUACGAAUAAUGAAAAAAAAGUGUUAAGAACUACGUACUGUGUAGAAUUGAAAGUUUCGAAAUCAUAAGCUUUAAAGUAAGUGCUAGUUUGUGAUUAUUUUC